AUGCCCGUCAGACCACUAGCACCGCUGGUGCACGGACUCUCGGUAUCUGGGUUCAUCAACGGCUUCCAAUUGCCUGGACGACCAGGCCACUUUCAGGGACUCCUCUCAUCGCACCCAUCUGCGAACAAGGUCGUAUGGCCGGCCUUGACCAAAUGGUCAUCUCUCGGUUCAGAUGGUCAGGAGACACUCGAGGGCCUUAGAAGGCCCGAGACGAGCAGCUUGAUUGUGCCAGUUGAGAUCUCGCAACAGAAUGUGGGCUACAACGCAGGUGGCAGCAAGUGGGAUCGCAUCGAGAUGCCGUUCUCUCUCUUCCUCGACGCAUUCAUACAGCGCAAGAUACCUUGGUCGAGCGGAGAAGAGCAGCAGCCGGUGGGCUACCUGGCACAAUUUGACAUGCUGGCCAAGACGCCAAGUCUAGCGGACGAGGCACCGAGUCUGCCGCAUACGCGAGCAGGACCUAAAGGCGCGCAAGAACAAUGGCGAAGCAAUGUGUGGAUCGGACCAGCAGGCACUUAUACCCCCCUACAUCGCGACCCUUACGAGAACAUGUUUGCCCAAGUGGUCGGUCGAAAGCGGGUCCAUCUGUUCGCGCCGGAGCUGGCGCCGUUCCUGUACAUCAACAAGAGCGGCGUGCAGCGAAACACGUCUGCCAUUGCAUCAGAGCAAGAGCUCUUGGCUCCAUCUCCAGAUCGGCCACUGCUUUCAAAGGCUCUAGCAUCGGAAACCGCCUUUGUCACCGAGCUCAAGCCAGGCGAUGUGCUCUACAUCCCACAAAGUUGGUAUCAUUGCGUUCAGAGUUUGAGCACGAGCGCGAGCGUCAAUUUCUGGUACCUUUGA